UGAUUUUAUUGUUUCGUGGAUUUUAAAAUAGAGGUUAGGUUUUUUAAUCAAAAAUCAUAUUUCGUCGUUUCGCCGUAGGAGCAUAGACUGUUUUUGGCUGUAGUUAAAAAAUGGCUCAAGCCUGGCAGCCGAAUGAAGAGUAUCUAAACUCUCUCGUGUCAAUGGGAAUAUCGCAGGAAAUUGCGACGCAGGCUCUAUUUUGCACUGGCAACAGAUCAGUUGAUGAAGCUGUAAAUUUUGUCUUCAAUAAUGAAGAGGAAGAAAUUUCAAGUGAAACUGUAGACAUGCACAUAAACAACCUGGUAUUGAAUGAUACAGCUGAUGAUGGAGAGUAUGAAGAUUAUUGUAAAAUGGUAUUUGUGGUGAAUUCCUCCCUAAAGAUGGGGGUAGGAAAAAUAGCUGCGCAAGUAGGUCAUGCAUGCCUUGGUUUGUACAGGAAUAUGUUACCACAAUAUAAAGAACUUCUCAGCAAGUGGGAGUAUACUGGAGAAAAGAAGAUUGUACUGAAGGGUGAUGACGAGAAUCAUUUACAGCAACUUCAUCAGAUGGCAAAGGAGCACAAUGUACCAAACUAUUUGGUCCAUGAUGCUGGUCAUACACAAGUAGCUCCAAAUUCAGUGACAGUACUGAGCUUGUUUGGGUUAGAAGAGGACAUUAACAAAAUAACUGGAAAACUGAGCUUACUAUAAUUAACCUUAUGAACAUGGAGGUUUGAACUACAGUAGAGAAUAAAUAGCAGCUUGUUUUUAUUUUUGUACAAAUUUUUAUUUAUUGAUGUAUUAUAUUCACCUAUUGUACUAUUUUUUAUUUAAAGAUUGUAACAAUACUCUUAGGUCACACAAAUUUACGAGUAAAACACUAUUGAUGCUACCAUACUAAUUUAUUUGUAUAAAAUUAUUACUAAUUCAUACAUCCACAAUAUUAUUGAUAAUACAUAUAAUAGUAAAAUAAAGAUUUAAUUUAAAGUAA